AUGGCUACAACUAAUAGAGGAGUGAACGAUGCCGUGUCCUUCACUCCGAGCCCCCUCGAUCUUCGUCCGAUGACCGCGGAUUCAAGUGGCCAUCUCUCACCAUCUUCGAUCGAUAUUCCCUCUCCUCGAUCGAACAAUGGUCCUCUACCUCUCCCAUCAUUCGUAUUCCCAGCGAAACCGUCAUCUUCAGCACCUUCCUCAUACUCAAGAGCCUCUGGCAGACGUCCUGUAUCUGCCAUCGAGGUCAAAGGUGGACUCGACAAGUUAAGCGGAGAACGCGAUGCACUUCGAACACCAGAGUUGCCUGCGUUCUCGUUUGGUUCCUCAUCUACCAGUCCUCCCACCUCUCCACGAUCUCGAAAUAUCCCUUCAAGACCAGGAUCACAUCAGAGAAGCACCAGCGAAUUCAUUGGCGGAGAUGGAUUGCCAGGCAGUAGAAAUGCUCCAAUGUCUUCAUCACCAACGAAAGGCGAUGGUGCUCUACCAAGACCCCCAGGCUUUGGCCCUCCAGCGGGUCGAAGAGGCCACAAGCACGUUCGAUCCGCCGCCAUCUCUCAUGCCGAUAUCUCAAAGAUCUUGCUGCCACCUACGAGUCCGACCAUCAUACGAGGAACUUCUGCCCCGUGUUCACCAGCAGUAGACCGUGACCUGCAGGACUCUCCAUUUCCAGGCUCGUUCGAUCCAUCCAAGCCACAAACCGUUUCCGAACCGACUUCUGGUGAUAUUGAAAGUCCAAAGGAACCCUUGAGAGCGCUCAGUCGUGCAAGAGUUGGAUUCUCCGAUGCCCUUGAAUUUAUUCCUCGUCCUUUAUCAGUAGUUUCAUCCGACAGCGCUUCCACUGUGAGGCAAGGCCAUUCCGUGUCCAACAGCAUUUCCUCUGUGAUCUCAACUGGUGCAUCCUCGCCUCUGUCAAAAGAAAAACGUGGCAUUCCCCAAUCAACACGGAAUCCGACCGAUACUCGCCCACGAACAGCAGAGCCAGUUUUAGAUCAUGACCGCACGCAACAUCACGGCGAACCAAAACGCCGUAAUUCUAUUCCUCUGUUAAUGGAGGCAGCAGCUGCUUCCGUCUCUGCCCCAUCUACCCCUAGAUCAGUAAAGAAAUGGACAUUCUUUGGCCAUGAGACAAAUUCGGGCGAUUCUUCGCCCAAAUCCCCGCCAACCAGUGCUGAACCGGCCGGCAAGGAAGCCAAUACACCUGCCGAAGAAUUCCACGACGAGCCUGAACUCACAGCAGCAGAUGAACCACUACCUUCGAUCGAGCCAACAAGCUCGAGACGUUCCUCCAUCUCCCGCAAACCUAGUAAGAAGCAGAAGAGAGUCAGGACAUGGGCAGGAUCGAUACUUGGCCGUAAAUCCCGACAGCGAAGCCAGAAGCCAAAACUAAGUCGUAGAUCACCCACUCCACCACAUAGAUCAUAUCCUCCGGUCGACGAAAUUUCAAGAGAUCCUUUCACCUACCCAUCAGAAACACAAGCAUUAAGGGUUGAGACGGACAACAGUAUAUCAUCUUGGAAACCACGAAAACUUCCCCCACAGGAAGAUGACUCCAUGAGCCCAAUGAUCGAUCUGGACGCAGCUCUAGGACCAUUCAAUACACCAUCGGGUUUCGGUGACGACUGGGAGAUCUCACAGAAAACAGGACCUAAGAAGAGAGCUAUGCAUAGUGCUGCUGGAUUGGGAGGAUUCACAGGCCCUGGCAUGCACUAUCAUAGGCGUGCGGAGAGCGCACCUGAAUUCGAGAACCCUCGUCCUCGAUUUGGUUUGCACCGCCUGGGAAGUAGCUCUACAAUGGCCAUGGAAGACGUUUCGGAAGAAGAUGAGGAUGACUGGGAAGACGCGAAACCAUCCUCUGAUAAAGAAGAUGCCAGUACUGCUGGAGACGAUGAAAUCAAGACUGGAUUGGGCAUUGAUAUCAAGGUUGAGGACGCCGAGGACCAAGAGUCUGACAGGGAAAUUGAUAGUGCAUUGAACAGAGGAGUGAAGCGUAAAGGCAGCUCUUUGAGCGAAGGUGACCGUCGAACGGUUGGCACGGCCAAGUCAGAACACUCUGCCACUUCUCUGUACGAUGAACCUAUCAUGGAGGAGCCAGCAAAACCCAUCGAGAUUGUUGACGAUUCAACCUCCUCCAGGCCGGACUCCAGAGCACAUUCUUCCGAUUCUACCGCAACACCCCCCUUCAGACCACGAUCUGGCAAGGAAUUGGCUCCUGUGGAUAUUCAACCGUUUUCACAACCAUUUUCUUUGCAGCCAAAUUAUCUUACGCCGACAAGCCCUCGAUCUACAACUCAGUCAUCAUUUCCUUCGCCACGAUCUCCAUUCUCUUACGACGCACAACGAAUCUCUACCGCCCCGUCUUCUGUCACCGACGAACAUGGCUUUCAAUCUUUGCUACUUGGUGAGCCUGGUCCAGAGCUGAGACAUUCUGUUGAUGAGGCUCCUUCUCUUACUAGUAGCAACUCGACAACGACCAGAGAAAGUGGUCACCCAAGUGCUGGGAACCCUCAAUUUCGUGAUGGUCAGAGAUCCGCUUCUUUGUCUUCGGCAGCAAUUUCACGUAAACGAUCGAGUAUGGCCAGCUUAUCGCGACUUAUCAGCAGCUCCCAUGGCGAAAAAAGCAAACUUUCUAUUGAAUCUCGUGCUCCUGCUGCCACCGAGACCGAGAAGAAGGAGAAAAGCAAGAGUAAGCGUAUCAGCCGCCUGAUGCAGUUUUGGAAGCCCAACAAAGAAGCAACUGCUUGA